CAUGAUUUCUCCUGAAUGCUAGUGUUUAUUUGGUCGAGCUGAGAUUUCAAACGCAUAUUGCCAGGGGAAUUCAGAGGACAAUCAUCGACGGCUGAAAGAUUUGGUACCUGAUUACAUUCAGCUUACAUCGGCGCGGAACGAAGCAGAAACUGGAUUGCUGAGCGGACAAAUCAUAACUUGCUCUUUAGUCAAAUCGACUCUCGUGAAAAAACUUCUGCUUUUCGUCCAAGGCACAAACACGCAGAACACAGGAAGCCAUGAAUUUCGCAACGAAGAUUACAAUCGUGUUCACUCUGAUCUAUUUGUGUGAAUUGAGUUACGCGCGAAAAGGUGAGUCCACAUCGAGUAAUUCUCUUUCGAUGCUAGAUUUUAUUGGUUAGAAUUAUCUAAAAUAUUCACUGAAUUACUGCGAAAGAAUUUCAUUGAUUCACAAGUGCCGGAAUUUCAGUUCUGUGUUCGAAGACGUUAGCAGUCUCCCGCUUUUUCGCCACAACAAAAGGCAGCCACACGUUAAAUUAUCGAUUUAUUAAAGGAAAAAAAUAUGUGUCGUUUAAUUAGAUGUAACUAGGAGCGAGUAAAGGCCUUUCAGGAUUGGACAGAUUAUUUUUAAUGCAAAUCACGACUACGUGAUGUGAUGUACGUUGAAAGCAACAGAUAGCUGAAGUUUUUGUACGUGGGCAUCAAAAGACAAAAGGUUCAAAGAUCAAGCCAUUUUUAUUAACGAUCCCGCGAAAAUGCUUCAAACCUUUCACUGAAUCAAUAAGGGAUCAGACAAUCGAAGAGUAAAUCUGGCAAAAUAUUCACUUUUCAUGGUUUUGUAAUUCUUUCUGCGUGAAGGUUCGAAACAUCGCAAACAUCCGGAAAAAUGGAACUCCUCGGAAAUGGACCAGCGGAAUUCUGCGAACGGAUCUAUCGCGUUUGGAUCUCAAGGAGAAACCACGACAAUGCGGCCGUCCGUAUCAUCAAAGCCCCCUGUUAAAGUCAAGGUGGUUUCUAAGACGUCCAGUAGGAAACACAUGAUCAAAAGAUGUUGCCGAAUCGGCUACCGCGCUGCCAAUAGGGGUCUGUACUGCUCGAUAGACAGAUACUAUUCCGCGAAGUACAGGAACAUGGAGCAUUACGCAAGGCAGCGCUUCCAAUGGCGAAAACCGUCGCGGGCCACGAAACGUUUCAUGCAUCAUUUGAACAGAUAUUGCAUCAAGCUUCAGCUUAAGAGCGUAUUUUACAAGUGUUGUGAUGAUGGUAUGCAAACUAAACGCGAGAAGGCAAGAUCUAACCGAGAGCCUUAAAGUCACCACCACCAAGUAUAGUCAGCCGGGAACGUUAAUUGUUGAACUAAAAUAAUUUCAAAACUGAACGAGUCAGUAUUUUGAAGUGAUAAAUUUAGUGUGUUUUACUAACAGAUUUUGUGUAUAAUUCAGUUCAAAAGUCGAAAGGGUACAAGGGGCCAUGAAUGUAACUGUGACACUUUUGAAAUAGGUUGCUGUUUUUUCUGCUUUCGAAAUUUUCUUUCAAUAUUGAUUUCCUUAUGGAGUGUUUUCAGUGGCUCGCGUUUUACUCCUGUAGAAAUACUUAGAUGUUGUCUCCUAAAAUACAUUGGUUUAAGUUCUUAGGUAAUUUGAUCUGUAUAUUGCUUUGAGAGCUUGUAAAAUAUGUCACUCGUAAUGUCUCAAGUUUUUAAAAGGGAAAGAAAUUUGGCUGUUUUUUCGUUCAAACACACCUUUCCAGAUGAUUUUUGUUAAAAUGUAGGUCUCAUAGAAACUUUUGGUACCCAAAAAAAAAAAAAAUGUAGAGACACGGGAAACACGAUAAGUAUUUUGUACAUACAUGAUACAAGGUUGCUGUGUAUGGAGGCGCGAUUUCCAUAGGCUCGUGACACCAAGCGCAGUCCACGUGCAAGAAAUGUUUGUAAUUGGUAGUGAAAUAUCAACUUUCAUUCUUUUGCAUGUGUUUAGCUUAGCUGUAAAGUACAGGCCGUAUUUUCAUAAGUUGGUAAUCACUUAAACUGUAAAUAAAAACCCUGUAUUUAAUUCGCCUGUUUUCAUUUUGUGCAGUUGUAUUUUUUUUCGGUUUUUUUACGCGUGCUUUACAUUUGUUAAGCCGAUUUCGUUCCGCGGGAU